GUUAGAAACUAAAAUCCUAUCUCAUACUAUUCUUAUGGUCUCAGAAGACCAUAGACAAAGCUACGGCAAUGGACUCUGCCCACAGCCCACCCAAACCUGCCACUGAUCCAAGGCAUCCCCUGGAUUUUGUGACACUGGAUAAAAACAUUCACUCUGGUCUCGUGUCUGGAGACAUAAAAAUUGGAUCUAAGUUUUUGUUUCUCCCACCACUGGAGCAUCAGCUUGCUGCACCGUUCACGAUUAGAGCAUCUUCAAGCGCUGAGCCUCGCCAUUUAGCUUCUAGACCAGCUUUGAUCAACUUAAAGCACCCUGUUCCAUACGCCCCUCUCGCUGUUGUUAAGGACGACCGCACCAAGACACAGUUCGUGCAGAUCGCUCGUUUGUUUAUUCAUUUCGAAAGAUGUUUGGCCGAGUUCUUCCAAAGCUUUGGGAUUUUGUUCCAGUCAUCCAGUAAUGUUCAGGAUAUUAACAUUGGUGGAUUCGGGAGCUUUUGUGCAGGCGCAUCUGAAGCAUGGCCCAGCUCUUCAGUCAAGAAAGCCAACAAGGAAGACAGGCCAGUGUUCAGUGACGACGAUGAAUAUCUGCACUACCUCCAGCAAGGGCACGAAAUCCUGUAUUGGCGGAUAGUCAUUGACAUGUUCAACGAAUUACAAAAGGACAUGCUUACUGAUACACAUGCUGCUACGAUGUUGCAUUUGAUCAUGAGCACGUUUGCUGUCGCUUCUAGUAAGCGCCAGAAACUUCUUCAGACGCUGAAAACAGAAGAUUCCAGCACAACAGAUAUAAGCCUGAUUGUGGAUGGAAUCGUCAGAAGACUCGACUAUCUCAAAGGCAUACUGCGGGCAAAGAUACCAGAUCCAUCAGAUGUGGACCUCCUCUUGGCUGUCACAACAGUUCAGAGAGUCAAGAUUGAUGGUAGUGGUGAUGAGAACGCGGCCGUCAUAGAACAACUGAUAAGCUCAAACUUAUAGGAUGAUGCCUGGUACUGGAUAUUUACCCUAUAUGUGGGCUCCAUCAUACUUGCAUUUAUUCCUGGAUGUAUUGGAUUCGCCAAGAGCUGGGCGGAGGAGGAGAUCGGCAAUAGUGAGGAUGCUGAUUUCUUUUAUUUGAUUCAGAACAACAUCGUUUCGACUUUUGGAAACCUAGCCACGCUUCUGCUAUUUGAGCGAUCCAACCUCGUCAGCCCGAAGAAUUCGGUAUGGUUCGCAAUCAUUGUAGCAACGAUAUGUAAUUUCGUCUCAAUCGGUAUUUAUUCCCACUUGAUGACUGGUUGGAGCGCCCUUAUCGGCUUUAUCGGCCAAGUCGCAUCCGCCUCAUGUGUUGUCAUUCGACCUACGAUGCCGUGUCUCAGCGAAGGCAUAAUAGAAAAGC